UCGGCUCAACUCGGAGAACCCUCUUGCAGCUGCUCAGAGAGCCGAGGGUAGGACCGAGACAUUGUACCGAGCCAAUGAGGAUUUCUUGUCCGCUACUGUCCUGCGCUUCUCGGCCCCGGUGUCUGGCAGCCAGCCGCGCACGGCGCGUAAAUGCGAGCACUUUAGAUGUUGAGAUUCAGCCCUUGUCAGACAUCGUGGUAGCGAAUCGAUUUCUUCGUAGCUCCGCUGAGCGGAUGGAGUGAAUUGUGCAAAAGGGGGGAGAGACAGACCACAGUUUGGGUGCGUGUGAUGAUAGGAGACACAAUGACGCUCUUGUCUCUUCUGGGUCGGAUCAUGCGCUAUUUUCUCCUCAGGCCGGAGACAUUGUUUCUGUUGUGCAUAAGCCUGGCGCUGUGGAGCUAUUUCUUCCACACGGACGAGGUGAAAACCAUCGUCAAGUCCAGCCGGGAUGCCGUGAAGAUGGUGAAGGGGAAAGUGGCGGAGAUGAUGCAGAAUGACCGGCUGGGAGGCCUCAGUGUCCUGGACGCGGAGUUCUCCAAAACCUGGGAGUUCAAGAACAACAACGUAGCCGUAUACUCCAUACAGGGGAGGAGAGAUCACAUGGAGGACCGCUUCGAGGUGCUCACCGACAUCGCCAACAAGAGUCACCCGUCCAUUUUCGGGAUAUUUGACGGCCACGGUGGAGAGGCUGCAGCUGACUAUGUGAAGGCCCACCUGCCAGAGUCCCUGAAGCAGCAGCUGCAGGCCUUUGAGAGAGAGAAGAGAGAGAGCGCUCUCUCUUACACCAGCAUCCUGGAGCAGCGCAUCCUGGCUGUGGACCGCGAGAUGCUGGACAAGCUCUCUGCCAACCACGAUGAAGCAGGAACGACGUGUCUAGUAGCGCUGCUGUCAGACAGAGAACUCACAGUGGCCAACGUUGGGGACUCUCGUGGCGUGCUGUGCGACAAAGACGGGAACGCUGUUGCGCUGUCACACGAUCACAAACCAUAUCAGCUCAAAGAACGCAAGAGGAUCAAGAGGGCAGGAGGUUUCAUCAGUUUUAAUGGCUCCUGGAGAGUGCAGGGAAUCCUGGCAAUGUCCCGCUCUCUAGGGGACUACCCGCUGAAAAACCUCAACGUAGUCAUCCCUGACCCUGAUAUCAUGACCUUUGACCUGGACAAACUGCAGCCAGAGUUCAUGAUCCUGGCUUCUGAUGGCCUGUGGGACGCCUUCAGUAACGAGGAGGCCGUUCGGUUCGUCCGCGAGCGUCUGGAUGAGCCUCACUUUGGUGCCAAGAGCAUCGUCCUCCAGUCCUUCUACCGUGGAUGCCCCGACAACAUUACUGUAAUGGUGGUUAAGUUCAAAAGUGGAGCAGGGGGGAGCAGCAAGGCAGGGGAUUAGGUCAUGUCUAGAGCUCACAUUGUGAUCAAUGUUUUCUAUGAUUUUCCCCAUCUUCUGGAUGGAGCGGGCAAAUACAAUAUCGCAGGAGGGCUGAGAGAAUAUGAAGUAUAGACACUGAGAACUGUGCUUUUGACAAGUGUACACACACAUACAGACACAUACAUGCAAACACUUGUGAAAAUUAGGUCUUGUUUCGUUUACUAGAUUUCUGAUUGAGAUAAGGGCAUGUAAACCCAUGUAGACCCAAUAACCAUCUGCCAACUUAACGAUGAAUACAUUAAAAUACAGGUGUUCUCCGACAGUGGAGACCCAUAAACGCAGGACAGACAGACACCACACAGGGGAUUUCUCUUAACCAGCACACUUUAGACUGUGAUUGAUUUACUACUGUUUACUGUACAUGCACAUGAAUGGUACAGCUCCACUGGAGGCUUCUUCAGAGGAGGCUUCAACUAGUGCCUACUCAAGAGUUACUGUGCACCUACAGGAAGCUGCCGAAAAUGUGUUUGCAAAGACCCCCCUGCUUGCUGCAUUUUCACGAUGCUCUCACAUAAAGUAUGUAAUGUGUAGUUUGGAGACCUGGAAAAAAUAGUCAAAAUCAAAAAGAUUCCAGUGGAACAAUACCCUUUAUUUAACUGGAAGUGAUGCUACACCCAAAAUCUAACUUUUGAGUAUCAAACACUCAUCCCAUGUAGACAUCAGAGGUAGCUGUUAAUCAACUGUAGUUUCAUCCUCCAGCUGCUUUCAGCCUCAAUUCAUGCUGGUUACAAUGGAAUCUAAAAGCCAGUAGUCACCACGGUGGAAAAACGUAGCAUAACUACGGAGUUAAACAGCAGCAUCUCUGAUUGGCCAGCUGGAGUCUGACCAAUCACAGCUUCUACUACUGCUCUGUGGCUUAGAUUUCAUUUAAUUUUGAGGUGUCACACCCCGUACAAGUCUUAAAAUUAAAGGUACCUUUGAGUUAAGGCGGUCAUGAACUGGAAACUUUAAAUGUUGAAUCAGGAGACUAAUGAAUUGUGAGAUAAAAUAAGAAAGACAGUAACAUAAGUAACUGGAAUAACAAAAAGUUACAUUUAACAGCCUUAAAAGUGAUUUUGGUUUUCCAUUUUAAAAUAUAAUUAGUAUUAUUAUUACUAUUCAACGUUCAAAGAAGGAAUAAGAAAAUAGAAUUUGUAAUUGGAAAAAUGUAGUGAUCCCUCCAUAUGCUCAGUAUGUUUGUCCAUAUUUUAGCCAAAAUAUGCACAACAUCUGCAACCAAUUAAAAGUAUAACUCCUGUUUCUUUGUACGCUUUUGGAUAGUUGGCAGUCUUAAGUAUGGAUGUAACCAUUCUCUGGAAGCCAACCAGUAAACUGCGUACGGAAUUUAGACCAAUGAAUGAGCAGUAAGUGUGUUUCUCAAUGAAUGAGCUACGACAGAAUGGUCUGAGGCGUUUCUGUGUACGUUAUCAACUUUUUUUUUACCCACUCUGAAGAGUGAUCAUCGAAAUUAUUUGUCACUGUCAUCCAAACUGGCACAGCCAAUCUUGACUUUGAAGGUUGAAAGUGCAAAUUUUCGGAGCAACCUUUCAGGUCUGCAGGAGACGAGUGGUACUUAAAUUCGACAUUUUGGGUGGAAUGCCACUUAAACAUGCAACACACACAUAUGAACACACACAGAGUUCUAAAAAAAAAAAAAUGCACUUUUCAGAUAUUUAUUUUUUGGAAUGAUGAAUACUUACUACAUAUCAGCCAAUGUAAACACUGUAUAUCCUCAGUAAUACAAGAGGGUUUUAAUGUAUGCAGAACCUGAUUUAAUUCUUGAUCUUCCCCUCUUGGUAACGCAAUUUUAUGACGCUUACACAAACUGUUUCAUCAGAGUGAUUUUACACCAUCUGUAUCAGGGCAUGUGCUUUGGCGUGUCCAUGUUCAUGAACAAAGUACACAGAGUAUGUAUCCCUGGAUGCCGUUGGCUGCCUUUGACCUGGGAAGCACACAAAACAGGAGGUACAGAAAGACUUCCACGCCCCCCGCUGCCAUGAGAAAAAGCCGACUAAAAGAUGACACAUCAUGAACUAUACAGCAGUAUGCAGAAUGCUAGUAGCUAGAAAUAUGAUAUGCUCCUGAAGCAAUACAACCGGUCUCAUCGACAGCUACCGCCUGUCAAGGAGAGUUACAGUAAACCAUACUUGAUUUACUAAUGUUUUUAAGUUCAGCUACUUCUUUACCACUGUGUACCAUGACCUUGACAUCAGUUGGAAGAAGCCUUUUUUUAAUUUAACAGUUUACCUAAUGCCUUAUUUAUUGUUGAGUUUUCAGAUGUGUCUGGCGGAUUGCCAAAUGACUAUAUUCUGUAUAUUCAGUUUUUGUUUUUUUGUUUGUUUUUUCUGUCCUUCUGUACUUGAGCAGAAGUUUACAAUAAAACAGAGACCCGUCACUUUAAUUUGAGAGGCAGUCCGUGAUUCACACUUUAAUUUGAUGCUCGAUGUAAAAAAAAAAAAAGUGUACAGACUUU